UGUUACCAAUCUGCGCUCCCUGGUUUCUAUCGCCUGCGAACGUGGUGGUCGUAGUGAUGCCGAGGGGAGCCAUUGCGCAUAGCAGUGACUGGACUGUGCAGCGUUGAGAGCCUUGUGCAGGAUCAGACAGCAGCUGCUUUUGCGCAUCAGGCUGGACGCCACAGCUGCUGACUGCUGACACACUCUGGCUUCCACCCGCAGCCAUUAUUGCCUGCGCAUACAAGAGAGCUGCAGGCCAUCGCCCCGCGGCUAUCACUUGCACAGCUCAGGCCUGGAGCAAGGUACAAGUACGCAUUCCCCGAGAUCUCUUCCUCGUAUCUCUUCCUCGUAUCUCUUCCUCGUAUCUCUUGCUCCUAUCUCAUCUUCAUUUCACGUCUUCGUUCCCAUCGUUGCCACUAAUCCAGCGACCCAACAUGGCAGAGACGGCUGGCCUUGUUGUUGGUGUUGUCGCCCUUGCUAGCCUGUUCAACAACACAGUGGAGUGCUUCGAGCUCCUCCAGCUCGGACGCACAUUCAGAAAGAGCUUCCAAACAAGCCAGCUCCAACUCGACAGUGCAAGACUCCGCCUGUCGAGGUGGGGCAAGUCUCUGAGUCUUGAUGACGAUGUCCGGGAUACAGUAUCGCUUCAGGGGUGUUUCGGAUCAGAAACAAACGUUAAAGACGCUGAAGCCCUGCUUCACCAGAUUGUCGAGCUGUUCGCAGAAGCUCAGCACGUGUCGGACAGAUACAAGAGUCGGACGCAGCCACAGGACGACAGCCUUGCGGUAUACGAUCCCCAGACCAACCUAGAUCCGGCAAGGGCAAAGCUUCACGAGAAGAUGCGACAGCUGGCUAUCGAGCGCCAGAACCGGUCCAGCGUACGUCAGAAGGCAAAGUGGGCAUUGUACCAAGAAAAGCAUUUUCGACAACUGAUCAAGGACAUCACUGAGCUCAUUGACAGCUUGGUCCAGCUCUUCCCAGCAACGCAGCAGUCUCAGCGCGAGCUGUGUGAUAGGGAAGUAUCAGCUAUUGGAGAAGGCGAAGGCAUGUCUGUAUUGAAAGAGAUUGCCGCCGCUCAAGACACACUGUUGGAGCACGCAAUCACAAAGGCGACAGAGGGGGCCGACAGGUCUCACCACACUGUCUUUUCAGGCAACAAUAACAAUGGCCUUCAGCUUGGUCACAAUUCUGGUACAAUGUCGGGGUUUUCAUUUGGAAAAGGCGGGUCAACAUGAGUUGUAGCUUAGCACUUGCUCUUGUCAUGUGUUACGAUCCCAGGAACACGAGAAGUAUUCAAACCAAUCACAGCACGACACAGCAGGAAUGACAACUUUAAUUAAAUACAAGCAAGCCAACUCGACAAGUAAGCACUGAAAACGGG